CGCGCGUUGUAGAGAACAGAGGAAGAAGCCUAAGCCGACGCGAGAGACGACGACGAAGAAUAUGAGGGAGACGGUGAAGUUGAUAAGCAUGGAGGGUUUCGAAUUCAUCAUCGACAGGGAAGCCGCCAUGGUUUCUCAUACUAUCCGGAGCAUGCUCACUUCUCCAGGUGGCUUUUCGGAAUCGAAAGAUGGUGUCGUGACUUUCCCUGAUAUCAGCACCACGAUUCUAGAGAAGAUCUGCCAGUACUUCUAUUGGUCUCUACAGUACUCCAGAGGCAAAGAGACGGAGUUCCACAUCGAGCCUGAACUGACUCUGGAGUUAAUGAUGGCUGCUAAUUAUCUUCACACUUGAAAGACUUUCAAAUGAUAACGCUGCUGGACAUAACAUGUAAAUCCCUGGAGCAUUUAUGUGGGGUUAUACUUCAAACAUUUGACAAAAAUUGAGUUCUUGGAGAACUAUUGAAUAGCUCCGAGGGAAACUCGUCUACUUUGUUUACUAGUUAAUGACUAUUUAAUGCAAACAUCAAAGUUCCUGUGUCGUUAUUCGUUGCUUAUGUUCAAACACCUUACAGUGCUUUGUAAUAAGCAACAAACAUAUGUCCUAAUGACGAUUUGUUUUUAUGCCGAA